GGACCGGGCGUGUUCAAGGAAAUCGUCCAGCGUGAACCGAUCGCUUUUCACAUGUGGUUUCAUCAGGAGAUUAUGAACCCGUUUUUCUGAGGUUUAGCACAUGAGUCAAUUUAACCUUUUACGGGCUGUGGUAACUUUCGAAUGAAAACACACAGAAGUUACGAAGUUUCUGAUGCCUUUGAGACAUUACAACAUCAACAAGUGAAGUGAAAAACGGGCACUUGUUUCUUUCGAUUCGAGCAAACUUGAGGAAAGUGCGAAAUUCUUGUUUUUCGAUAUAUGAUUUAUGUUGUGCUCUGUUGAGGUCGGCUCUUCGUGUUCAUAACGCCAUGGAAUAACGCAGAAAUUACUGAAGUUCGUGGAGUUUCGUAGGACCAUGGACUGGUGGGUUGUACAUGGUGGAGGCGGGGAUAGGUCUGCUGGGAGAACACUGGUCAUCGCGCUGGUAGUGGUGCUCUAUUCUGCUUGGGCAGGUGUUGUGUCAGGCCAGUGUAAUUGUACAGUGGACUGCGUGACAUCCUGCAGUGCAGGGGAAUACUUCCAUUCCAACUCCUCUCUAUGUGUGCCAUGUGAUCCAGGAUACUAUUGUGCAGGUGGGACCUCAGGGCAGGAGCCAUGUCCUGUUGGGACGGCCAAUCAGAUUUCAGGCAGCUCUGAUGUGGCAGAUUGUCUCCAAUGUAGUGAAGCUAGUGUAGCAAUUUCCCAGGGCUCCGCUACAUGCGUGCCUUGCCUGGCUGGUUCAGUGGCAAAUUCUUCGAGAACAGCAUGUGAGGUGUGUCCACAAGGGAGUUACCGCUCAGAUACAGACUUAAAGUGUCAGCCAUGUCCCGCAGGUUCUAAAUGCCCAAAUGAUGGGAUGUCAGCUCCUAUAGCCUGUCCUGUGGGGGAAUACCAGAAUGAUACCUCUCAGAGUGAUUGUAUCCCCUGUCCCUCAGGUCAUGAAUGCUCUAACCCAUCAUCCUCACCCAGUCAGUGUAUUGCUGGACAGUACGCACUUUCAUCCUCCACUAAUUGUUCACAGUGUGACUCAGGUUACUACAGUGAUGCACCAGGGUUCUCUUCCUGUCAGCCUUGCACAGCGGGGUACUACUGUACAGCUUCCACACGGACACCAUGUGGGAGUGGGAAGUAUAGCUCUGCCUUCUCCCUCAGCUGUCAGGACUGCCCAGAGGGUUAUGCAUGCCCAGGACCCUCCACCCAGAGUCCUGACCUCUGUCUGGCAGGGACAUACGCUGCUAGCCGCUCUUCUUCUUGUUCUAACUGCACCCGUGGUCAUCAGUGUCCUGCCGACGGCAUGUCCACACCAGAGCCCUGUCUGAACGGGACGUAUGCCCCAUCUUUAGGGGCUGUAACCUGUGAUCUUUGUCCUGCAGGGAUGAAGUGCCCGGAUGUGACUGGCUCUGCAGUGAACUGCCUGGCUGGAGAGUUCAGUCCCCUGGGUGUGACUAUCUGUAGCCCCUGUGAUGAGGGGGAAUACUCAGCCAGCCCGGGGGCAGACUCCUGUAGUGUGUGCCCCGAGGGACAAGCCUGCCUCAGCAAGAACCAGGCUCCUCGUAACUGUUCCAUGGGCGAAUACAGUCUUGGUGGCCAGAAGGUGUGUACGGCCUGCAGCCCAGGCACCUAUAAGGAUGUGGAGGGGGUUGGAAGCUGCCAGCCAUGCCCAGCAGGUUUCUCCUGUCCUACACCAUCAGCAGCCCAGUCCUGUUCUGAUGGAGAGUACUCCUUGGGUGGAGAUGUGAGCUGUCUCCCCUGUCCAGGAGGCUACAGCUGCUCCAAUAAGGAUCAAGACCCUGUUGUUUGCUCUGCCGGUUCCUACUCCAGUAACCGCAGCCUUCUGUGCUCAGAAUGCCCCCAGGGUCAUUAUUGUCCAGAUAAUGCAAUGACAGAGCCCAUUCCCUGCCCUUCAGGAUGGUACCAAACCAGCACAAACAUGACAGUAUGCACAGAGUGCCCACAAGGUCACAAGUGCACCUCCCCAUUUUUUUCCCCGACAGCCUGUUUAGCAGGACAGUAUCAAGAUGGGCGUGGCAUGCAGACAUGUAUUAAUUGUCCAUCUGGGUUCUAUGUGUUGGGGACUGGGAAUUCAGCCUGUACAGAAUGUCCAGCUGGGUCCAGAUGUCCUGAUCCCUCGUCCUCUCCUGUGCCCUGUGCAAGUGAUGAGUACUCCAAUGCUGGAUCCACAAGUUGUUCUUCCUGCCCACCGGGUAAAACAUGCGGAUCUGGAGGAUCACCCACAUCCUGUGUCACUGGUGAAUAUUCUAAUGGGACUGUUUGUGUGCCAUGCCCUGUGGGGUAUUAUUGCCCCUCCCCUCUGUCAGGCCCACAGAUCUGUGCCCAUGGAACAUACCAGGACAGUGAGGGCCAAUCUUCCUGUGCAUCCUGCCCUCAGGGACACUCCUGCUAUGAUGUCAGUGCCUCCCCUGUACAGUGUGAUGCAGGCUUCUACAGUCUGGCAGGCCAGGUCGGCUGUACCUUGUGUCCAGACGGGUUCUACAGUUCGUCUGCAUCAGGGUCCUGCACUCUCUGCCCCGCUGGGAAACGCUGCUUUGACGGAACUUCCUACAUCGCUGCAGAAGAUUGUGAUGCAGGCUCCUACAGUCCAUCAGGGCGAACCAGCUGCUCUGUUUGUGCAAAUGGUACAUACAGUGGAGUGGGUUCCAGUCUGUGUUCCCUCUGUCCCCCAGGCAAACACUGCUUUGACCCCAGUGUGACCCCUGUUACGUGUGGUGAUGGCUUCUACAGCCUGGGAGGAAUGGUGCAGAGUUGUUCCCCCUGUCCAGCAGGUUUUCAUUGUGCUGAUAAAACUUCAGCCCCAGUUGCUUGUGCAUCAGGUUACCACUCCUCUGAGGGCCAGCUUAACUGUGAUGCCUGUCCUGUUGGAUUCAGUUGCCUAGACCCCAGCCAAGCACCAACAGCCUGUGAUGCCGGAUACUACAGUCCAUUUGGAAGUGCCAUGUGUAUGAUCUGCCCAGCUGGGUACGAGUGUGAGUCCUCCUCUAACAGUCUCAGUGCCUGUACCUCUGGCUGGUACAGUCUGUCUGGAAGUCUCAACUGUACUGAGUGUCCCGCGGGGUCCAUGUGCCCCUUCCCCUCUCUACCACCCAUCAUGUGCUCAGUGGGAACGCAUACCAAUGGUCAGGCUGGCCAGACCAGCUGCACUGACUGCCCAGCAGGCAGCGAAUGUCCAAGUAUAAGCUCUGCCCCAGUUACCUGCAGCAGUGGAAGUUAUAGCCUGGGCAAGUCCACCCAAUGUACAACCUGCCCUGUAGGGUACGAGUGCUCCACAACGAACCAAGCCCCAGUAGCCUGCUCCCCUGGAACCUAUUCUGUUGGCAGUCAGACCUCCUGUACGGCCUGUGGGGCAGGGAUAGCCUGUCCCUCAACAACCACCUCCACAGACAGCUAUACCUGUCCGCCAGGGUCUUACUCGACAGGCAGCCAGUCCUCCUGUACUUACUGCACUGCUGGGUUUUACUGCCCCUCCACUACAGCCAGCACCAGCACCAUCUGCACCACUGGUACCUACUCCUUUGAAGGCUCCUCCUCAUGUGACCCGUGUCCUGCAGGAUGGCAGUGCCCUUCUCUGGACGGCUCAGAGAAUUCCCCAUGCCCCCCAGGCUUUUACAGUGCGGGUAAUGCCACAAUCUGCACACCGUGCCCAGCCGGUGUGGCCUGUCCUAACACAGACUCCAACAUCACCCUGACCUGUCUUGCAGGGACAUUUUCGGUCGGGAAGCAGACAGCUUGUACCCUGUGCCCACCGGGCUAUGCAUGCCCCAGCACCACUGCGGACACCAUGACGGAAUGUACUACAGGUUUCUUCAGCGAGGGUGGGCGCGCUGCCUGUGUGGAGUGCACAGCUGGGUAUGCCUGCCCGUCUAAAUACGACAGUUACCGCAUCACCUGUCCACCUGGAACUUACUCUGAAGCAGGGGCCACAGCAUGCACAGAGUGUGAGGCUGGUAAUGAGUGCCCCAGUACAGAUAAAGCAGGCACGGGGUGUGCCGCUGGUUACUACAGUCUAGGGUUCACCACAACUUGUACCAGAUGUCCAGCAGGGUACUUCUGUGACACUGGGAGUAAGGGACUGCCUCCAGUGGUAUGUCCAGAGGGUCAGUACAGUCAGGCCGAGGCCACUGUGUGUACAAACUGUGAUGCAGGCUACAGCUGUCCUGAGGGUAGCACCAGUGCCACGCCCACAUCCGCCAAGUGUGCACGAGGCUACUACUGCUUGGGGGGAGAAUUGGAAACACCCUGUCCGAAAGGGACCUACGGUGGUGCUGAGGGCCUGAAAGCAGAUACAGAGUGCACCUCAUGUCCCCAGGGCUACUAUUGCCCAGAGGGCACAGCAGGUGCUCCUUCCUCUAGCCUUAUUUGUCCCCGGGGUCACUACUGUCCAGAGAAGACCGGGGACUACAAGGAGCACCCGUGUGAUGCUGGAAGCUACUACAACAACCUUGGAGCUGUAACUCAGAAUGAGUGCCAGAACUGCCCCCAAGGUCGAUUUUGUAGUGCGGGUACGGGAGACCCUUACUGUGAUGCCUGUAUCUGCCCACGAGGGUCCUACUGCCCCACAUCCACUGGCACGCCUGUCCCGUGCCCUGCUGGUCUCUACACAGAAGAGGAGGGCAGCACAGGUCAAGAGUUUUGUAAGACCUGCCCUGCAGGUCACUAUUGUGAGGAAGGGACCCCCACCCCCACCCCGUGCUCUCCGGGCACCUUUAACCCCAUGGUCAGUGGACAGAACGCCACAGCAUGUGCCCCAUGUACAUCAGGGACCGCUUGCACAGACUACGCCCUCACUAAACCUAACUAUCCAUGUUCUCCUGGCUACUACUGCCCUGGGGGAAACUACCGCCCUAACCAGACUGAGUAUGCCUGUCCAGCUGGGACCUUCACUGACUUCAACAACCUGACAGCCGUCGAGCAGUGUGAACAGUGCCUGCCCACUGUGGCCUGCCUUCUGGGCACUGGAGGCAUGCAGAAGUCUCCUGUAGCCUGUGGGAUGGGCCACUACUGCCCUGCAGGGACUGGGUCUCCCACCCAGUACCCCUGCCCGGCUGGCACCUUUACAAAUCUGACAAACCUGGCUAGGGCUGAGGACUGUUACAUUUGCCCCAGGGGGUGGUACUGCCUGGAGGGGUCCUCUGCACCCACAGACCACUGUGACAAGGGACAUUGGUGUCCAGAUGGCACACCUAUGGGUGACAGUAACCCUUGCCACGCGGGGUCUUUCAGUAACCACACAGGUAACACCAGAUGGGAGCAGUGUGAGGACUGUACUCAGGGGAGCUACUGUCCUCAGGCCUCUGUGUUACCUACACCAUGUCCAGCAGGUACGUUUCGCGAAGACACAAAGGGAGAGGCCCUGGCAGACUGUAGUGAGUGUACUGCUGGAUACUACUGUCCUGGGGAGGAGAAUGUACAGCCGUUACCCUGUGAAAAGGGGAACUACUCUGAUAGCGGAGCAUCAGAAUGCAUCUCAUGUGAACCUGGCCAUUAUUGUGACCAGAAUGCCACGAGUUUCAGCUUCAUGGAGAUGUACAGAGUAUGCCCGGCCGGCAUGGAGUGCCCUGAAGGAAUGGUACGUGCGCCUGAUCUAGUCCGAGACCAGUGUCGUAAAGGGCACUACUGCCCCAGAGGUGAUGUGAACCCCUGGCCCGUACCAUGCCCCAACGGAACCUUCAACGCAGAAGUCGGAAUGAAGCAGGUGUCUGACUGUCAGAAAUGUCCACCUGGCCAAUACUGCAUCCCAGAGGGUCUGAGUGAGCCAGCUGGUGAUUGUCCAGGGGGAUAUUACUGCCCAUUAGGGACUGGCGAUCCAGAGUCCUUCCCCUGCCCGAUAGGGUUUUACAGGAACAGUUCAUCUAAGGAGUCAUUCCAGGACUGUGCAGAGUGUCUCUCGGGGUACUACUGUGACCGUGAAGGCCUGGCUGAACCCAUCGUUUGCCCCGCUGGUUAUUUCUGUGUCAGUGGCAGUACUUACGCAUCUCCUUGCCCCCUGGGGACCUACAGCUACUCUGUUGGCUUGCGGCGUAGCUCUGAUUGUACUCCGUGCCCUGGUGGCUACUAUUGUGAUGGUAUUGGUCGCACCUCACCCACAGACGUUUGUGAUGCUGGGUUCUACUGCAGAGAGAAGGCCUAUACCUCUGCCCCACCAGAUGGAGCCACUGGUGGUGUUUGCCCUGCCGGAGGCUACUGUCCUCCUGGAUCUGCUGUCUCCACCCCAUGUCCUGUGGGGAAAUAUAGUGCCUCUCCUGGUGCGAAGACCGAGUAUGACUGCAUCCCAUGUGACCCUGGUUUUUAUUGUGCUGGCUCCAGUGGUACUGGUGUAUCUGACCAGUGUGCUCCAGGUUAUUACUGUACGGGAGGGGCGGGUGUGCCUACUCAAUAUGACACCCCGGCUGGCCACUACUCUGAGGCAGGGGCCUUUAAACCUGAACCAUGCCCCCGUGGAAGCUACCAGCCAGCACAGCGUUCAUCCUCAUGCCUCGUUUGCCCCCAAGGUUAUUACUGUAAUGGAACAGGCACUGUUACCGAGACCAUUUGCCCUACAGGGUAUUACUGCCCUGAGGGAAGUGAAAACCCCACACCCUGCCCACGCGGCACCUUCCUAAAUGACGUGGGCAAGUACACAGAGGGCCAUUGUAACCCCUGCACACAGGGCUAUGCUUGUGAGUACUAUGGCCUUAGUGAACCCAACACACCAUGCUACCAAGGUCAUUACUGCUCUUAUGGUGCCAACAUCUCCACACCCAUCGGUGAGUCCUUUGGUGAUCUGUGUCCCCCAGGGUACUACUGUCCUGAGGGGACUGCAGAGUUCGCCCACACCCCCUGCCCUAAUGGCACUUAUUCUAACUACACAGGCAAUGCUGGCCUCUCAGACUGCAUGUCCUGUGAUGCAGGGCUUGUCUGUGCUGGCCUGGCACUCACACAGCCUAAUGGCAUCUGUUCAGCCGGAUAUUUCUGCCGGGGUGGGGCUCUCACAGAUAAACCGAAUGAUGGAGGAGCGACAGGAUCUUACUGUCCUACAGGACACUACUGCCCAGAAGGAUCGGGUGAACCAGUUCGCUGUCCGCCAGGUUCCUUUGUCAAUGUCACAGGCCUGGACUUCUGCUUCAACUGUCCCCCGGGUUACUUCUGUACCGAUGGAGAGGUGCCCCUGAAGUGCCCUCGGGGCUACUACUGCCCGGGUAACACCACCUCUGCUCAGCCGCCCUGCCCCAGAGGGACCUACAACCCUGACUUGGGAAUGGCAUUGGAAGCACACUGUAAACCCUGUCUGGGUGGAUACUAUUGUGACAAGUUAGGAGCUGUGAACUUUGACCCAAGCCUUAAUGACACAGGAACAGGGCCAUGUGACGCUGGGUACUACUGUAAACAAGGGGUAAAUGUGAGCACACCAACAGAGGACACAACCAGUGGUAUUGGGGGCCCCUGCCCCACAGGGUUUUACUGCCCACAACAGACAGAGGACCCUAUCCCCUGCCCCAAUGGAACCUACAGAGACACUAUUCAGGGGAAGAGUUUGUCUGACUGUCUGGCAUGUAAGCUGGGUCAGUACUGUGGGUCCACCAACCUGUCUGAUGCUUCGGGACCAUGUGAUGCUGGCUUCUUCUGUCUCCGUGGCAACAACGCUCCAAACCCAACAGGAGAUGAGUCGGACAAAGGUGGUCCCUGCCCUGUUGGUAAAUACUGCCCUGUAGGGACCUCUUACCCACUUGGGUGCCCAGCAGGGACGUACAACAACAUGACUGGUCAGGCAGAGUGCUGGGAGUGUCCUGCCGGGUACUUCUGCCCGGACAACAUCACCACAUAUGAGGACUACCCCUGUCCUGAGGGCUACUACUGCCCUAACGGCACCCGUUUCAGCAUUGAGUACCCAUGCCCCACUGGGCAUUACCGUAAUGUUAGCCUGGGUCAGAGUGUGGAUGACUGCUACCUGUGUCCAGGGGGUCAGUACUGCGGACAAGAGGGUUUGCCUAACCCCUCAGGACCCUGUGAUGAAGGUUACUUCUGCGUGAUUGGGGCAUCCUCAAGUCAACCCACGGAGUACAACAACUUCACAUCUGGUGAUUGUCUAUGUCCAAGUUCCCUGACCGGCGGUCAGUGUCAACCAGGCUUCUACUGUCCCCAGGGGUCAGAAGAACCAGUCAUGUGUAGGGAGGGUCGCUUCUGUGCUACCCCAGGUUUGCCUGACGUGACAGGUUUAUGUGCCGCGGGCUAUUACUGUAACAGAGGAGCCACACGGGAUAACCCAGUGGAUGGGGUUACAGGAAAUAUCUGCCCUGCCGGUAGAUACUGUGGUGUAGGUACUGACAGUAACCCCCCUGGCUGUCCGCGAGGCACCUUCUCCAACCAAACAGGGCUAGCCUCUGAAGCUGGGUGUUGGGCCUGUACCCCUGGGUUUUACUGUGCUAAUGAGGGACUGACUCAACCCACUGGUCCCUGCGCAGAAGGUUACUACUGCCCCAGUGGUCAGAACAUGAGUGACCCGUUCCUGUGUAGGGCGGGAUACUACUGCCCAGAGGGGAGUUAUGAGGAGAUUGCCUGUGACAGUGGUACCUACCAGGAUCAGACUGGGCAAGGCAGCUGUAAGACUUGUCCCCAGGGUUACUACUGUGAUUAUGCUGACCGUCCGUUGACUGACUACACAUCGUACCCCUGCCCCCAGGGCUAUUACUGCCCUAAUGGCACCCAGCAUGGUAACCAGUACGGCUGUCCGCAGGGAACCUAUAACCCAUACAGUCUUCUGGAAAGGGAGGACCAGUGUACCCAAUGUGAUGCAGGGAAAUACUGCGAUACUGUGGGACAAGCAACAGUCACAGGUGACUGUGACGCCAGAUACUGGUGUAAGAGUGGAUCUGCCUCAGCUACACCUACUGACGGUGUGACAGGAGAGCUCUGUCCCCAGGGUCAUUUCUGUGCCAUAGGUACCACUGUGCCCACCCCAUGUCCCCUGGGAACCUGGUCUAACAGCACUGGGUUAGGGGAUCAGACAGAAUGCCAAGACUGUAGUGGAGGCUUCUACUGUAAUGGCACUGGGCUUACAACACCCUCUGGGCCCUGUGACCCAGGGUUCUACUGCUCGGGGAAGUCCACCACCCCAACCCCAGACGACGGAGGCACAACAGGUGCCCCCUGCACCCUGGGGCACUAUUGCCUUGAGGCUACGGCUGUGCCAGUGCCCUGCCCUGAUGGGACAUACAUGACAAACACAGGGGCUGAGGUGUGCUGGAACUGUACCCCUGGUCAUUACUGUGUGACAGGCCUCAGCCCGGAUACCUGCCCACCAGGCUACUACUGCCCAGAGGGGACGGGGGUCAUCUGGCAGUCCUGUCCCCCAGGCACAUUCAGUAUAGCCGCUGGCCUGUGGGAUGUGGAGAACUGCACACAGUGUACAGGUGGGUACUACUGUAGUGAGCCUAAUGCAACAACUGUUACGGGAGAGUGUGAUGCAGGAUACUUCUGCACCUUAGGAUCUGAUUCUGCUACACCUGAUGUUAACAGUACUGGGAUGGCCGGACCCUGCCCUGCUGGUCACUUCUGCCCACAGAGGACAGUUACCCCUCAGGGAUGCCCCGUGGGGACGUACAGCACUGCCCAGAAACUGACCAAUGCCUCUGAGUGCACUAGCUGCUCAUAUGGGAGGUAUUGUGACGCAGAAAGUCUGACAGAUCCAGCUGGAGAUUGCCAUGCUGGCUUCUACUGCCUCAGGGGGGCAUCCUCGCCUAAUAACCCUGUUGAGGGUGUGAGUGGUGGUCCAUGCCCUGCUGGACACUACUGCCCUAACGGAACCGCAUAUCCUCUGGUGUGCCCAGCUGGAUCAUACAACCCCUCCAGCGGUCAAGCUCUCUGUACACCUUGUCCUGCCGGCUACUUUUGUCCAGAGAAUUCCACAGAUUAUUCAGGGAACCAGUGUUAUACAGGUCACUACUGCCCCACAGGCACAGCCUAUGGGGAUGAAUUCCCCUGCCCCCGAGGAUACUAUAGCAACAGCCCUGGGAGACAGAGUGUGGAUGAAUGUAGCCCGUGUUCCCCCGGUUAUUUCUGCGAGUCUGCAGGAUUAUCCAGCGUUACUGGACCCUGUGAUGAAGGCUGGUACUGUGUGAGAGGGGCCUGGUCUGCCACACCCACAGACUACGGCAACAUGACGAACAACGGGGAAUGUUUCUGCCCUAAUAACAGCACAGGUGGACAGUGUCAGCCUGGUCAGAUCUGUCCCAGGGGAUCAGGUCAACCUCAGCUAUGCCCAGCAGGAUACUACUGUUCCCUACCUGGCCUGUCCAAUGCCACAGGCCUGUGUGACUCUGGGUAUUACUGCACCCUGGGUGCUUCACGCUCAGACCCCCAUGGUGACUCUACAGGUGGCCCUUGUCCCCCAGGACAUUACUGCCCAGAGGGGACCAGUGACCCAGAGGACUGUCCCCCAGGGUACUUUACCAAUGCUACAGGCAACUCAGACUUCUCUGAAUGUAGGCUGUGUACUGAAGGUUACUUCUGUGAAAAUGCUGGCUUAAGUGAACCUACUGAUCAGUGUUCACCUGGCUACUACUGUCCGGUCGGCCAGAAUGUAUCGGCUCCAUCACUGUACAUCUGCACUCCUGGUCAUUACUGUGAAGCUGGCAGCCCCACACAGCUGGCCUGUUCAUCUGGCUCAUAUCAAGAUGAGUUUGGACAGGCUGUUUGUAAGGAGUGUCCAGCAGGCUUCUACUGUGAUGCAACUCUCCAGAAUGAUACUGUCUGUUCACAUGGUGUCCAGAACCCUGUGCCAUGUCCCGUUGGGCAUUUCUGUCCCAAUGGUACCAGAUUUUCAUCACAGUAUGGAUGCCCCAGAGGAACCUUCAGUAACCAGGAAGGUUUGACUCGCUCUGCAGAAUGCUCGCCAUGUUCACCGGGCUUAUACUGUUUAACAGAAGGGCUGCCAGCGCCCACUGGGCCCUGCCAGGCUGGUUACUACUGUACAGAAGGGGCUUCGUCGAGCACCCCAUCUGACAACACUACAGGUAACAUCUGCCCCGCUGGUGCCAACUGUCCAGAAGGAUCACCUGCUCCGUCCUUGUGCCCACCAGGAACAUACAACCCCACAGAAGGUAUUGAGUCUGAACAGGAGUGUUUGGCAUGUUCACCUGGACAAUACUGCGCCUCUCAUGGUCUUGUAGCUCCCACUGGGAACUGCUCAGCCAGGUAUUACUGCUCGUCUAACGCCUCCACGGACUCCCCAACUGAUGGGGUGACAGGGGAUGAGUGUCCAGUGGGACACUUCUGCCCAGAGGGCACUGCCAACCCUAUUCCAUGUGAGCCAGGAACCUACACUGAUACGCGCCUCAAUGAUGUAUGCUUGAUCUGUACCCCAGGCUACUACUGUACACAGGGAUCUAACCCUCAAGCCUGCCCUGUCGGAUUCUACUGCCCAGAAGGUACUGGGCAUGUUUGGAGCGCAUGCCCAGCCGGUACUUUCAGCUCCGCCACUGGGCUGUACAACAUUACACAGUGUACGUCAUGUACCGGAGGAUUUUACUGUGACCAACCCAAUGCAACGUCAGAGACAGGACCAUGUGAUGCAGGGUUCUUUUGUAGAAGUGGCUCUGAUGCACAAAGACCAUCUGGGCUGACCCUGGGAGAUGCUGGCCCAUGUCCUGAGGGUCACUACUGUCCCCAGCAGACCCAGGAUCCUUUUCCCUGCCAACCUGGUUUCUUUAGUAAUGUGACAGGCCUCACAUCAGAUGCUGAGUGCCAGGAAUGCCUGGCUGGCCACUACUGUGAUAUCCCUGGUCUCUGGUACCCAGUGGGCUUGUGUCGUGAAGGGUACUACUGUGCUGGGGGUUCUAACAGCUCCAGCCCAGCCCUGACUAUGGUGACUGGUGGCCCCUGUCCUUCAGGGACCUUCUGCCAGGCUGGGUCCAUCUCACCUGAACCCUGUCUGGCUGGUACGUACAACCCUCAGGAGGCACAGGCUAACUGUACAGACUGCCCACCAGGCUAUUACUGUACCACAGGCAGCAGCAAUAUAACAGACUGUCCAACAGGUCACUUCUGUCCUCUGAGGACAGAGUUUGCAGAGCAGUACCCAUGUCCUAAUGGUACUUUCAACAAUGUAAGCAGUAGAGCAGGGCCUGAAGCUUGUCAGCUGUGCACCCCAGGAUCGUACUGCCCAGAGCCUGGGCUGACAGAGCCUGUGGGGCUAUGUGCACCAGGCUGGUACUGCACCCUGGGGGCAUGGUUAGACAAGCCCACGUCUGUGGGCAAUGACACAGGGGAUCAAUGUGACUGCCCGUCACAGAUGACUGGAGGAUUCUGUACGGCAGGAACGUUCUGUCCCCAGGGAUCCACAGCCCCUCAACCCUGUACCCCAGGAUACUACUGCCAGACCGACAAACUACCUGGUGUGUCAGGAGAAUGCUUACCUGGAUAUUACUGCAGUGGGAGUGCCAUUCUGCCGAAUCCUGUCAAUGAUACAACCGGUGAUGUUUGUCCUAAGGGCCACUAUUGCCCAGCUGCCAGCCCCUACCCGACACCCUGUGGUGAAGGAGAGUUCAGUGACCGUUAUGGUAACCACAAUGCCAGUAAUUGUCUGCCAUGUACAGCAGGCAUGUACUGCUCGGGAACUGGUCGUGAAUUGCCUGAUGGCCUAUGUGAUGAGGGGUGGUUCUGCCCCUCUGGGAUGACAGUACCUCAGCCCCCAGGGAACAGGUGCCUGGCAGGACACAGUUGCCCACAGGGCAGUGCCCAGCAGACGCCCUGUGCCUCAGGCUCCUAUCAGCCCUUACCUGGACAGGGAAUCUGCCCCACCUGUCCUGCAGGACUGUACUGUGACCUGACAGAAGCUAUGACUGAGGCCCAGAGCGGGGUCAGUGCCCCAUCCCACGGGGUUGUCACACCGAAGGACUGCCCCGCAGGGUUUUACUGCCCCAAUGGAACCAGGACAGACAGAGAAAACCCCUGUCCAGUGGGAACUUUUAGCAAUAAUACAGGUUUGGAGAGUUUGUCACAGUGUCGCCCGUGCACACCAGGUUAUUUCUGUGAGUCAGAGAACAUAACCUCCCCAACUGGUCAUUGUCAGCCUGGAUACUACUGUGUCAUAGGAAUGUCCUCUCCUGCACCCUCUGCCUCAGCAAACGGGGGCCCUUGCCCUCAGGGUACCUAUUGUCUAGAGGGGUCAGUUACCCCAACACCCUGUCCAAAGGGCACAUUUGGGGACAGGCAAAGGCUACCGGCAUUGGAAGAUUGUGCCAUAUGCCCACCUGGAGAGUAUUGUGACGUGUCAGGCCUUACUAACACGAGUGGCCUGUGUCUACCGGGAUACUACUGUAGUAACGGAUCAGAGGAGGCGGCACCUGUGGGGAAGGGCUAUGGAGACGAAUGCCCUGUGGGUCAUUACUGCCCAGAAGGCAGCCAUCAGCCCGUAGCGUGUCUUACAGGGUUUUACCAACCUUAUGUCAGAAUGACCAAUGUUACUGCCUGUCUGAUGUGCGACCCUGGAAUGUUCUGUAACACCACUGGGGGCGACACUGUGUCUGGAAGCUGCUAUGAAGGGUUCUACUGCACUGGUGGGGCCAGCUCCCCUGCGCCGUAUGAUGGGGUGACUGGGGAUAUAUGCCCUGCUGGAUCAUACUGCCCAGUAGGAUCUCCUCAGCACUUCUUCUGCCCCAACAGCACCUACACUAACCACACAGGUGCAUCCCAGUGCUAUGACUGUCCAGAGGGAUAUUACUGUGUGAACAGGGACAGAGCUGACUCCUGCCUUCCAGGGUACUACUGCCCUGCUAAGACUGGAGCAGACUUACAGCUAUGCCCAGCCGGUACCUUUAACCCCAACUACGGCAUGUAUGAUGUCAGCCAAUGUACACAGUGUGACGGUGGGAAAUACUGUCAGACGGCAGGGCUGCAUGAAGUCACAGGAAACUGCUCAGCUGGCUAUUACUGUCAGUCAGGAGUUGACACUGCUACCCCAACUGGAGCCCACUCUGGGAGUGGAGGGGAGUGCCCAGUGGGUCAUUACUGUCCAGAAGGUACAAUUGACCCCAUACCCUGCCUACCAGGCUCCUACAGUGACAGCCCUGGCCAAUCAUCAUGCACUAACUGUCCGCCUGGGUACUACUGUGUACAGACAUCCACUGAUUACACCAGCCAGGUGUGCCCCAGGGGCUACUACUGCCCAGAGGGCACCAGCUCCCCACACCAGUACCCCUGCCCCAAGGGCUCCUUCAACCCUGUCAAUGGCAGUGAUGACUUCAGUGACUGCUUAACAUGCACUCCGGGACAGUAUUGUGAAGCUGACGGCCUGUAUGAGCCAACAGAUGACUGUACUGCAGGAUGGUACUGUACUGGAGGGUCUUACAUGGCCCAGCCCCACACUGCAGGGAAUGCUACAGACCUCUCAGAAUGUACCUGUCCUCUGGUUAACUACACAGGUGGGCAGUGCUGGCCCGGAACAUACUGCCCCAGUGGGGCACACUAUCCAAUACCAUGCACACUAGGCCAGUACUGUAUGCAGUAUGGAUUAUCUGCCCCUGAAGGAAUCUGUGAUGCAGGGUUUUACUGUAACGGGAGCUCCUCACGUCCUGACCCCCCAGAAGGGGUGUGUCCCAUGGGGUACUACUGUGAGGCAGGGUCACACUCCCCAAUCCCAUGCCCUGCUGGGACCAUGUCAGCCAGUUCUGGUAACACCAACCUGACGGACUGUGCACCGUGUACCCCAGGCUACUACUGUGCUGGGCCCGCUAACAUUAACUACACAGGGCCUUGCUCACCUGGGUACUACUGCCCUGCAGGUCAGACUACAGACAGCCCAAAUGAGUAUAACUGUAGUGUGGGUCACUUCUGCCCAGGGGCUGCCCCUCAGCCAGAGCCCUGCCCCGCAGGAGAGUACCAGGACGAGGAGAGGCAGAGUAGCUGUAAGAACUGCCCAGCAGGCAGCUACUGUGACCCGGUAGAGGCAGCCUCAUAUUUCGGAGUGCCCAGCCAUGGAGUGGUGACCCCUGAGGACUGCCCUGCUGGGUACUACUGUCCUCCUGGGACUGGCCCUAAACACAGCUAUCCUUGUCCCCAUGGGACUUUCAGUAAUCAGACAAACAUACAGACAGCCAGUCAGUGUGAGCCGUGCACCCCAGGAUUCUACUGUGCAGUGCCAGGAUUGACAGAGCCAACGGGAGAAUGUGCAGCUGGCUAUGUUUGUGGUAGUGAGGCGAAUAGCUCGAGUCCAGUAGAUGGCACCACCGGAUACAUCUGCCCACCAGGACACUAUUGUCCAGUAGGCUCAGGCCAAGGAAUCAAGUGUCCAGAGGGGACGUUUAGCCCAGAAACAGGCCUGCACAAUGUCAGCGAGUGUCAGCUCUGUUCUCCCGGCCAAUACUGUGAUGUAGAUGGUCUGACUUCCCCGGCUGGGAACUGCUCGGCAGGCUAUUUCUGUACUCUGGGAGCUGUUGACCAGAGUCCAGUCGGCCAAUUGUAUGGAGAUGUCUGCCCUAGUGGACACUACUGCCCAGAGGGUACGGGCACCCCAGAGCCCUGUCCUGCGGGCACUUACCUGCCAGACUUCGGGAGACGCUCUCAACUGGACUGUCUGCCCUGCCCUGGAGGGAAGUACUGUGUGAGAGAAGGACUGGCAAACUAUACGGAUGACUGUGAUCCUGGGUUCUACUGUGAGACUGGUUCUAAUAGCAGCUCCCCAACAGACGACAUCACUGGGAAUGUCUGUCCAGCGGGCACAUACUGCCCCACAGGAACAACGCUACCCCUACCCUGUGCUGACGGUUACUACAUGAACCACACUCAGGCCAGCGCCUGUGAUCCCUGCCCAGCCAGGUAUUACUGUGUUAACAAAGAUCGGGUUGAUCCGUGUCCCAAGGGGCGCUUCUGUCCAGGUGUGACGGGCUUCAACAUGCAGGUCUGCCCGGCGGGGACGUAUGGCCCGGUUGAGAUGCUGCUGUCAGCAUCUGAGUGCACACAGUGUGAUGGGGGUUUUUACUGCGACACCCCAGGACUGUACAAUGUGUCUGGGGCUUGUGCCCCAGGCUACUACUGCCAGAUCGGAGUUAAUACUGCGACACCUAACAACAACAAUACUGGAUUUGGAGGAGAGUGUCCCAUUGGUCACUUCUGUCCAGAGGGUUCCCCUGAGCCAAUCGGAUGUCCAGCUGGGACAUACGCAGACCUGACUGGCCAAUCAGUAUGCACUUCAUGUGAAGCAGGCUACUACUGCCUGGCUAACUCAACAACUUAUCUGGGUGCUGAAUGCCCAAGAGGUGCAUACUGCCCGCAAGGUACCCGCUUUGCCAGGGAGAACCCUUGUCCUGCAGGAACUUACAACAACAGAACCAGGGCUAGCUCACCCUUCAGUUGCCUCCCUUGCAUAGCGGGGCAGUACUGCCAAGGUGAUGGGUUGGCUGAACCUACGGAUUACUGUGCUGAGGGCUGGUAUUGUUCAGGGGGAGCUUACUCUGACAAACCUCAGGCUGCAGUCAACGCCUCCAGCUGGUACAGUGUGGAGGUGGACUGUCCUAUAUACUCCCUCAACGACACAGGAGGAAUAUGUCCAGAAGGUACAUACUGUCCCCUGGGGUCUGAUCGCCCCACCCCUUGCCCCCCAGGGAUGUUCUGUGCCCUCACAGGUCUACCUUUGCCAUCUGGGGACUGUCAAGAGGGAUUCUUCUGUAAUGGUAGUGGCUGUAGUUCGUGACCCCAUCCUGCCUCUAAGGGACACUACUGCCCCAGCGGUACCCCCACAGAACAGGCCUGCCGACCAGGUACUUUCUCAGAUCGACAACAGAACGUGAAUGUCAGCGACUGUGAGCCAUGCACCAGAGGUCAGUACUGUCAGGAGUACGGCCGAGAAACACCCAACGGACCCUGCAACGCUGGCUACUUCUGCCCUGAGGGGAGUCCCACCCCGAGACCGGUGGAUGCUGCUUGUAGCCCUGGACACUUCUGCCCAGAGGGGAGCUGGAAUGAGACGGGAUGCCCAUCGGGGACCUAUCAGCCCCACUGGAAGCAGUCUGACUGUGAUCCCUGUCCAGCAGGAGCAUACUGCUUGGCCUUUGGUGACUAUGAAGUUCUGGACGACAGCAACAUAACAGUGUCUGGGAAUUUCAGUGGCCGAUAUCGAAGCUAUCGUGGGGUGUCUGUGCCCUCAGUGUGCCCUGAGGGUUCCUACUGCCCAGAGAGGACAGAGUUUGGUCACCAGUUCCUGUGUCCCCUGGGCACAUACAGUAACAGGACGGGACUGUCGAGUCACACUCAGUGUACUCCUUGUGACCCUGGGUAUUACUGCAGUGGUCUAGGUAACACUGAGCCUACUGGUCAGUGCUCAGCUGGAUUCUACUGUAUCUCUGCUGCCUACAAUUCCACUCCCUCUGACGGUCUUAGCGGGAAUAUUUGUCCAGCGGGUCACUACUGCCCAGUGGGCAGUGUUCAGGGCACUGACUGUCCAGUGGGCACAUUCAGUGACCGUGAGGGAUUGAUGACCAGCUCUGAAUGUGAGGCAUGUUCUCCGGGCAGCUACUGUGGCCAGACCGGGUUGACCAAUCCUACAGGGCUAUGCUGGGCAGGUCAUUUCUGUAGUCUGAGUUCUGUACAGCCUAACCCAGUUGGGGAAGCCUAUGGUGAUGUCUGCACAAGUGGUCACUACUGUGUUAAUGGUACCCACACCCCAGAAUCCUGCCCCACAGGGACUUUCUCUGACAGCACUGGUCUCGGUGAUGUUGAUCAGUGUGUUCCAUGCACUCCUGGUUAUUUUUGCGAGGGAUUGGGCAAGGUUAAUGUCACUGGUCCAUGCAGCGCUGGAUUCUACUGCACCAGGGGAGCUAACUCAAGCAUUCCAACGGAUGGUAUCACAGGUGACAUUUGUCCUGAGGGUCAUUUCUGUGUGGAGGGAUCCCCUGCCCCACAACCCUGUGGUAACGGAACCUACAUGAACUUCACGGGGGCUGCAGCCUGUCUGGUCUGCCCAGAGGGGCACUACUGUGUGAACCGUGACCGGGCUGACCCCUGCAGGCAAGGCUACUACUGCCCCGAGGGGACAGGGGCAGACCUACAGGCCUGCCCGACAGGUAGCUUUGGGAAUCGGACAGGCCUGGCCAGGGAGGACCAGUGUACACCAUGUCUAGGUGGCUAUUAUUGUGGUACAGCGGGAUUGCCUGAUGUGGAAGGAGAGUGUCAGGCCAGGUAUUACUGCGAAUAUGGGGUAGACACCGCCACGCCUACCUCCUCUUCUCCCCACAAGGGUGUUGGGGCUGAGUGCCCUGUAGGGUCUUUCUGCCUAAGAGGUUCCACGAUACCCAUGCCCUGCCCAGCUGGCUCCUUCACAUCCAGUCCAGGUCAGUCUUCUUGUCAGCAGUGUCCAGGGGGAUAUUACUGUCUACAGAACACCAGUGACCCCUAUUCUUUCCCCUGUCCUGUCGGUCACUACUGCAGCCCUGGUACAGAGUUUGACACUGAGCACAAGUGCCCGUCAGGGACGUACAACCCGCUGACCACCCAGGACAACAGCCUUGCCUGUCUGGACUGCCUGCCUGGACAGUAUUGUGAGGGGGAUGGGCUGGCAUCACCCACAGGGAACUGCACUGAGGGAUGGUACUGUACUGGCAGGGCCGUCCAAGCCAAACCCGUGGUCAUAGGGAAUUUCAGCAGUGUAGACUUGUGCACAUGUCCUGAUGUACCUUUCACUGGCGGUAAAUGUCAGCCGGGGUCAUAUUGCCCUUCAGGCUCGUCUGCACCGAUCAGCUGUGAUCCAGGAUCGUACUGUGCUGACUAUGAGCUCUCAUCACCGUCAGGCCCUUGCGAUGCAGGGUAUUUCUGUCCUAGUGGGCAGAGUGAGCCCAGCCCUGCAGCCUAUCGUUGUUGGGAGGGGCACUACUGCGAGGAGGGGUCAGGAACGGCUACACCCUGCCCUUCGGGAACCUUCUCUAACGUCUCUGGGACCAUCAACGUCUCUGACUGCAGGCCAUGUACACCAGGGUAUUACUGUGACGGUGAGGGCCUGGUUGUGGAGAGUGGUCCAUGUGACCCUGGGUUUUACUGUCCUGGGGGACAGACAUCUCCUACCCCUGCCCAGUACGACUGCCCAAAGGGGUCCAGAUGCCCACAGGGGAGCCCAGCCCCAGAGAUCUGCCCACGAGGAACAUACCAACCAUCGAGAGGUCAAGCGGAUUGUGAUCCCUGUCCAUCACGGUUUUACUGUGACCCUUACCAGCUGGGCAAUGUGACUGGGAUCAUAGACCCAGUGAACUGUCCCCAGGGUUAUUACUGCCCCACAGGAACAAAACAUGCGUAUGAGAACCCAUGCCCACCUGGGUCUUAUGGCGAUGCAGACAGACUUGAGUCUGACGUUGAGUGUCGGCAAUGUAUCCAUGGCUCCUACUGCGAAACCCCAGGGUUACCCGCCCCUGAGGGACUGUGUGAUGCAGGCUAUUACUGUGGAAGAGGGGUGUCCACGCCAAGGCCUGCAGAUGGAGUUUGUCCUGUGGGUCGCUACUGUGAACAGGGAUCUGUCAUUGGUGAGCCAUGCCCUGAAGGCACCUACAACAACUUCACAGGUCUACGUUACGCUAAUGAGUGUAUACCAUGUGACCCGGGCAUGUCAUGUCCCACUACCGGACUGGUGGAGCCCUACCAGGACUGUACAGCUGGGCACUACUGUGUGCUGGGUGCCUACACCCCCAACCCCUCCAGUGAGAGCUACGGCUAUCUCUGUCCAGUGGGGCACUACUGCCCUAGCGGAACCCCCAGCCCCGUGCCCUGUCCGAGGGGAUACUACCAGCCAGGAACAAGCAAGCAGAGUCUGUCAGACUGUGUCCCGUGUGAGGCAGGGUACUACUGCCUGGAGUCUGGCAACAAUACAGUCACAGGCAGGUGUGCUCCGGGUUACUACUGUGUGGAGAAAGCCUGGGAACCAACACCAACAGAUGGUGCUACAGGCGAUAUCUGCCCUGUAGGUGAGUUCUGUCCAGAGGGGUCAGACACAGGCACCCCCUGUGCCCCAGGCACCUACAUGAAUCACACGGGUGCUGCCUCCUGCUACACCUGUCCUCAGGGUCACUACUGUAUCGGCGGAGCUAACCUAGACCCUUGCCCUCAGGGAUUCUACUGUCCCACUGGCACAGAUAGUGGCUACCUUCCCUGCCCUGUUGGUACUUAUGGUAAUCGUCUGAUGUUGACUAAUGAGACGGAGUGUACCCCAUGUGUGGGAGGUUCGUACUGUGCAACUCCUGGCCGCGCUACACCCACCGGCCUGUGUCAGGCUGGGUACUACUGUGUCUCAGGUGUGAGUGUACCUACCCCAUCCUCAAGUGUGCCCCACACAGGGAGUGGUGAUGAGUGCCCUGCUGGAAGUGAGUGCCCUGAGGGCUCCAGCUACCCUAUCCCCUGUCUGGCUGGCACCUACACUCCAACCCCUCAGAACCCUGCCUGUCUGGCCUGCCCACCUGGCUACUACUGCCUCAAUGCCACAGCUAUUCCCCUCCCUUGUCCUACUGGUCACUACUGCCCAGAGGGGACAGAGUUUGACACCCAGUAUCCGUGUUUAAAGGGGACCUACAACAACAACACAGGUGCCCUCAAUGACAGCAGCUGUGAGGUGUGUACCCCAGGUUACUACUGUAAUGGUUUGGCCAACACUGUACCUGAUGGGCUGUGCGAUGCUGGAUUUUUCUGUGCAGGAGGCUCAUUCCAGCAGCGCCCCUAUGACCCGGGCAUGCUGCUGACAUCAAACGGAACUACCAUAGAUUUGCUGUCAAAUGUGACCUGUACUCCGACCUGGGAAUGUGUUUGUCCUGCAUAUGAGAUGACCACUGGAGGUGUGUGUCCAGCUGGUCACUACUGCCCCCAGGGCUCUGUCCAUCCUGUGCCCUGUGAUGGUGGGAAGUACUGUGCUACAUCUGGGCUACCUUUACCCACAGGUGAUUGUCUUGCUGGUUGGUACUGUAACCACACAAGUGAGGCCCCUAACCAGUACAUCUGCCCCAUGGGUAGCUAUUGCCCCUCAGGCACAGGUGUCCCGCUAACCUGUCCUGCUGGUACCUUCUCCAGUAACGAGGGAAACAAUGACCUGGCUGACUGCUUGGAUUGUACAGCAGGCAUGUACUGUCAAGGUGAUGGUAAUGUGUUGCCAGAUGGCGACUGUGACCCAGGUUACUACUGCCCUGGUGGUCAGAACAGUUCCUCUCCCGCAGAGCACCUCUGCUGGACCGGUCACUUCUGUCCACUGGGGUCAGCCCUGCCAGAGAUCUGUGUCAAUGGGACAUACCAGCCUAAUGAGGGUCAGAGCGACUGCCUCGUCUGUCCGGCUGGCUAUUACUGUAACCCCACUUCAGGAAACAGUACAAUUGUUCAUGGUAAUUCGGUGUCUAUCCCCACACCUUGCCCUGCUGGAUAUUACUGCCCAGAGGGGACAGCACUGGCUUAUGCCAACCCCUGCCCACCAGGAUCCUACGGACCCAAUCAAUAUUAUAGCAGCCUGGAUGACUGUGUGCCUUGCCCUGCUGGAUCCUUCUGUGCAGAGGAUGGAUUGUCCCAGCCCUCAGGAGAGUGCUAUGCUGGCUUCUACUGUACAGGAGGAGCCCGCUCUCCAACCCCUGUGGAUGACCAGGUUGACCAUGCCAAUAACAUCACAUUCACCGGGAAUGACAGAUGCCCCGUUGGCCAUUUCUGCCCCAAUGGCACCAGCUACCCACGACCAUGCCCUAUAGGCACCUUCUCCACCCAAAGAGAGGUAGCCAGUGAGGCAGAGUGUGAGCCUUGCCCACCAGGGCGCUAUUGUAACAUCCAGGCCUUCACCAAUGUGACUGAACCACCCCUCUGUGAUUCAGGGUAUGUGUGUACAGGAGGUAGCACGACCCCUACACCCACAGAUCCUGCUGAAGGCUACCCCUGCCCUGCUGGCUUUUACUGUGGGGAAGGGGCUCUCAUAGAGACAGGCUGUCCAAUUGGAACCUAUCAGCCAAACAUUGGCCAAUCCAACUGCACUACAUGCCCUGCUGGAUACAUGUGCCUAGAUGCAAAUAUGACUACUCCAGAUAGCUGCAAAACAGGUUAUUACUGUCCAUAUGACUCUUCCCCUGUACCCUGCCCUGCGGGUACUUUCAACAACAUCACAGGUCUGGAGGCGGAGCCUCAGUGUACAGACUGUACCGCAGGAAUGUACUGUGAAGGAGUGGGCAACAGCUAUCCCUCAGGUGACUGUGAGGCUGGAUAUUACUGCCAGGGUGGUGCUGCCAGCCGAGCCCCUUCUCCCUCAGUAAACUACCCAGAUAAUGGCCUCUGUCCUGGGGGUUUCUACUGCCCCUCCGGCACAGCCAUCAGGAUACCCUGCCCUGUGGGAACCCUACGUAACUUUACAGGUGGUGCCUCACUAGCAGACUGUUCCCCUUGCACGGCUGGUUAUUACUGUGCUAGUCCUGGUCUAACAGAGCCAUCUGGCCUGUGCUCUGCUGGUUACUACUGUCCCGCUGACAACCAGACAGCCUCUGCCACCCCCACAGGCCUGGAGUGUCCCCCGGGGUACUACUGUCCUGAGGGAUCGGCCGUUCCAGUGCCGUGUCCGGCGGGAGAAAGUCAGCCCAACCAGGGCCAGUCCAGCUGUGAUCCGUGCCCCGCAGGCUAUUAUUGUCAGAGUUCUCUGAUACCUGACCCUCAGCCCUGUGUACCCUACCACUACUGCCCUCCAGCUACCAAGUAUCCAAUAGCCUGUCCUAAUGGAACAUUCACCUAUGACAACAUGACAAUGCUGGAGGCAGCCUCCGAUUGUCUCCCUUGUGUGUCAGGUAGUUUUUGUCGGUAUGGCCAGAUAGCAGGUGACUGCUCAGCUGGGUUUUACUGCCAGGCUGGUUCUGAUGAUUACACACCUAGUGGCCCCACCCCAUCCUUCACCUGUCCCCCUGACACUAUCUGUGCUGGACUCUGUCCCCGUGGUAGCUACUGCCUCGAGGGCACUCCUGUCCCCAUCCCCUGCCCUGAGGACACGUACAGAUUGACUGACGGGGCUAGACAGGAGGCAGACUGUGAUCCCUGUCCUGCGGGCUUUGUCUGCUCAGAAGGCACCGCUGACCCUGUCUCUUGUCCCCCCGGGUUCUACUGCCUUGAAGGCAACGGCACCACGCCCUGUCCUCGCCUGACCUACCGGGAUGUGGAUGGGGCAGCUACCCUCACAGACUGUCACCCCUGCCCCGCGGGGUACUGGUGUAACUACACAGGUAUUGCGGACUACACAGGUCUGCUGUGCCCGUCUGGUUACUAUUGCUAUGAAGGGGAGGAGCCCCAGCUGUGCCCUGCGGGCAGGAUGAGGGACGUGCCCGGAGCAGAGGGUCCCCUCAACUGUACCCUGUGUCGCCCCGGGUACUACUGCCCCAACGACACUGUUAACACCCAGGGCAUACCCUGUCAGGAGACCUAUGAAUGCCCUCCAGGUGCAUCACUUGAAAUAGACUGUCGUUCAGGGCACUAUUGUGUGGGGAUUACCGGAAUUCCCCCCAUUUGCCCUGGGGGUUACUACUGUCCCAAUGCCACAGACACCCCAAUACCCUGCUACUACCCAGAGUAUUGCCCAGAGGGCAGUAAUAUGACUUUGAAAUGUCCUCUAGGGUAUCGGGCCAUUGACCAUCCAGGGGUGAGAUAUGACAUUUCCAUGUCCUGUGAGAUUUGCCCAAAUGGAACAUAUGGAAAUCACACAGAAAGGGAGGUAUGUUUGAUCUGUCCCGCUGGGUACUAUUGCCCAGCUGGCACUGGGCACGGAGACUCUAACCCCUGUCCUAUUGGAUCCUACUGCCCUCUGGGAUCAGCCCAGCCUCAGCCCUGCCCCAGGGGAAUGUACGGGAAACUGUACAGAGCUCAGAACUAUGGGGAUUGUGCCCUCUGCCCAGCAGGCUAUUACAACGACCUGUUGGGGCAGAAGGCAUGUCGCCCCUGCGGGACCUCGUCCACCUCUGCUGAGGGGAGCCCCACCUGCACCUGUCUUGGCAGUCUGCGCUCCUUCCAGCCGUCAGAUGGCAGCUGUAAGUGUCUUUCUGGCCACAUCUACUACAAUGAGGCCGACAUCAAGGAGGAUGAUGGGAAUAGUGACAUUGACUGCCAGCCCAUCGUGGACACCCGCUGUGGCAUCUAUCAGACACGUAUCUCCUCCACCAGGGAGUGUGUAGACGCCAGCACUUAUGACUGCUCCGUGACUUGUGUGGACUCUGGAGGAGUACUCAACAUAGACUAUGGCAUGUGUGUGUGUGACGUGGUGACGACGGCAGAGGAGAUCUGUAACCGUACGUGCAGACGGACAAGCAUGCCCAAGCUGGGCACUCAGUUACUGGAGGAUGGGACAGUCCAGAUGACAGUGACCCACCCACUGACUGGUGUGACAACUACGGUGACUGUAUCAGGUGUGAUUGGCCCCAGUGAAUUCACCACAGGUGUGAAAAACACCCAGGUGUGUAACUUCUAUCCUGACCGAGUCACAGGAUCUCUGUACAGGGACACCUCUGAGGCUCUCACUGGCAUAUUUGCGGACCUGGAGAAUGUGACAGAUGUGGCCCCUGUAAGUCGCCGUCGUCUUCUGGCCACUGCAGUCCCCAACAAUGAGAUCACCAACCCUAUCAUAUGCCUGGCCGAAGAGGACAUGGUUCUGUUCAAAGUGACCAUUGACUCCACUGACCGUACAAACAGUCACUACCCUGUCUACCAGAAGGACCAUCUGUUUAACAGCAACCCCUCGUUUGACUAUGGAGCAUUCAACCAGCUGAAGACUUAUAUAGAGAAUACCAACAUGACCAUUACAUCUUUCGCCCAUGUCUUCCCAGAUGCCGGGAAUUAUGUGUUCAAGGAUGCUCAGAAUGCUGACAGACAGGUGAUCAUCUCUGUGCAGCCCACAGGCUCUACCUGUCCCACAGACGAGGCAGCUGUUCAAGCAGCCACACCCACUAACCUGGCAGGCUUCGCGGUCACCAAGUCUGCCGCCACGAACCAGGAACCAGACUGGGGUGUCAUGAUAGGGCUUAUGGCAUUCUUUGGAGCCUGUGUCUUACUGCUGGUGGUUGCCGUCAUAGUCUGGCGUCCACGAGAAGCUGGAAUAUAUCCCAUGAAGCACUGGUUGCCACGAUAUCGCAGUUUGGGGGCACCACCUCCUGUACCAUCCUACAUGCGGUAUGACAUUAGUCACUGGGACCAGAAAGCUGUUAAAUCUGACAGCCUUGGACCACGUUAUGACGGGGAUGGAGCAGAGAGAGACCUGUCAGCAUCUAUGGCCUGGAAAAGAGAGCAAGAACUGGAGAAUUUCAAUGUGCGUGUAUUAUAUGACAAACUAGAGGAUCAGAACCUACACCUGGCCUCGCAGCUGGCCCGUCAGCAGGAAGACCUGGCUGGUUUCUACGAGAGGAUCAGCCGUCAGAACGAUGACUUGAAGCGACUUCUGGAGAACAUGACCCCAGAAAAACUGCAGGAGCUGGAGCAACGACGCCAACUGGGAUCAGGGGAGAGAACUGUGGAGGGCUUACAGGGAGCCAAUAGCAGUGGUGCAACCAUUGUCAAUGCCAACAUUAACACAGGCGGAAUUAGCAAACAGUAUAGGUUUGCAGGUGGCAGUGACCGUGAGGGUGAGCUGAUGGCGGCCCUACAGCUCCUGAUUGACCGACUCAACUCUGGUCAGAUCCCGAUAGACCCAGCCAUGGUCAGUCGGUCAGGCAAUGUGACAAAUGUGGAUGUGAGAAGAGCUGGCUCUAACCUAAAGCCUGGUACUCAUAGCGAGCUGCUGCGACGACAGAAUGGAGAGAGGAUUAGCCUCGAGAGAGAUUUGUCAGGGGAGGAAACUCUGGCACUUGAAAAACUGGAGGAAGAACAGGAUACCAAGAGGGGACAACUUUUAGACAGAAUGACCUCAGACUUGGCAGAAAAAAUGCAAGGGAACCUGUCUGUGGAGGAGAUGAGGAGGAUUUUGAGUCAGCAUGAGGAGGAUCUGGAGGCAACCCUGGGUAAACAGACCAAGGAGAGGCAACGGCAGAUGGAGGAGCUCAGGCAAAGGCUUGCUGAGAAACGCAGGAAUAAAGAGGCUGCUUUGAGGAAUAAACAUACCAGCGAGGCUCAAUCUAUAGGGUUGCCUCCCCCUAAAGUAAGUGAAGAUAAUGCAGAGGUUAAACUGAAGACAGAGGAGUUCCUGUUAAGGGGCGCUAAGUCAGAGGAGCAAGCUGGUCUUGCAGAUGCUGAGAUGAACACAGAUCUGAAGUUGUCUGAGGAGCAAAGAAGUCAGAUGUCACAGAGCGUCAAAGAGCAAAUGGAGGGUUUGUGCCAGCAAGGCUCCCUGGAUGAUGCCACCCUGCAAGAACUACUGGACAAACAGGCAGAGAUGGAGAGCCAGCUGAACAAGAUGAUGAUGAAGAGGAGAGCUGAUCAGCUGGGGGCACUCAAGGACAAGAUGGCUGAGAGGAAGGCAAGACGACGGAACAAGCUAAGAGAAAGGCAGGAGAAGGAACAGGCAGAGCUGUCUACAAGGCUUAUCCAGGAAGGGAAGCAUGAUGAACUUGACCACCAGAUGGCAGCACUGAAGUGGAUGCAGCAGCUGGAGAGGGAUGCGGCUGAGUUGGAGGCUGAUGCUGAGGAGAAGGAGCAUGCUGGGAAGCUCCAGCGUAGCCUUGAUGAGGAGCACACAAGUACACUGAAGGAGAAACAUCAGGAGUUCCUGGGCAAGCUUCCGGGAGUUGAUCAAGUCAUUGUUCAGAAGCUUCUAGAUCAGAAUCGACGCGACAAUGAGCUACUGCAAGAAAACCUUAGCCGUGAACGUGACCGGCAACUCAACGACAUGAAGGCUAAGCUGGAGGCCCGCAGAGCCCGUAAGCUGAGGGAGGCCCAUCGUAAAUCUGAGGAGGCCGCGGCUCAGCAGAUUGUAGAUGAACAGUCUUGGCAAAUGAAGCAGACCCUGGCUGAGAGCGUUCAGGACGACGCCCUUCAUCUGCCCUCCGUGCAGUACGGCCACAGUCCACAGGAGGACGUGCUCAGAAAACAACAGGAGCAAGUAAAUGAGGAAAUAAGAGAGCGUCACAAGAGAGAACAGGAGAAGACAGUGAGCAGACUUGAGGAGGAGGCGAGGGGAGAGGAGACCAGUGUCAGACAGAGGCUGGAGGAUCAGGCUGAGAAAGUCCUGAGGGAGAGCAGGAACAGACAGGCUGCAGAGUUAGCCGCUCGCACAGAUCUCAGCCAGGAUCAACUUAAUGCUCUAAUGGCUGCCCAUGAGAAAGAGUUGGCAGAACUUGCGAGUAAGAUGGAGUCGGAGAAGACUCGUCAAAUUCUCGCCACCCGGGAGAAACUAGCCGAGAAGCGACGCAAGAAGAUGGAAGAACUGCGUCGUCGUCAGGAAGUUGAGCUGACAAAGGAGACUUUGGAACAACAGAAAGAAUUGGACGAUAUGAGACUCAAGAAGAUGAAAGAAGUGGAAUCCAAGGCCAUAGAGGAGGGAAUCCGAGAGAAUGGAAUUGAGGAUGGUGACAAGAUUAUCAGGGCAGUUCUAGCAAAGAGACAUGCACAGGAAUUGAAUGAUCUGGAAGGGCGUUUUGUGGCUGAGAAAAAGGUGCGGGUUGAUGAGGCUCUGAACAAAUUGUGCAGCAAAUACAAUAAACUGAGAGACGACUUGAAGAAACAGCAGGAGUUAGAGCUUGCUGCAUUAGAGAAGCAAGGAUUAACACAUGAGGAGCUCCAGCAGAAGAGAGCAGAGCUACUGAACAAGCACCAGCUGGAGUUGUCUGCCCUUGACGGACAGCAGUCGGCAGAGGAGGCUAAUAUAGAACAGCAGGCGCUGACAGACUGGGAGUUGAGAUGUGCUCGUGCAAAACUUGAACUCAAAGAGAAACAUUACAAGGAAUUCUCUGAGGCUUUACGUGAGUACAGUCCUCACCAUGAGGCUGUGGCGUGCGCAGACAAUGCUGCUGGGGAACUGGAGCAUGUGAAGCUAUCCCUGGAGCAGCUGCAUCGCCAGCAGGAGGAGGCCAUGAAGAGACAGAGACAAGAAUUUGAUGAAUCAGAGAAACAGAAGUUAUCUGAAGAAUUAACAAUGUACAAACAGAAACUGGAAGAUGACACAAAGAGGGACAAGGAGAAAGCAGAGAAAAACAUUGCUGCUCUCCAGAAACGUAAAGACGAUUUUAUCAAGGAGAGAAAACAGAAAAUGAAGGCCGAACUGGAGAGACUGAGUGAGCAGGGGGCUGGCAAGGAAGAGCAGGAACGUGUGAUGGCCGAGUACGAGCGGGACGUGCAGACUGUGGUCAACAAGAUGGAGGCUGACCGAUUACGGAUGCAGAGUAACUUGCAAGAUAGGCUGAGGAAGAGGAAGGAGGAAAAACUGAGAAAGAAAGAGAAGGAGCUGAAAGAGGAGGUCAGGCAGGAGACAGAGGAGUUGGAGGCUAAGCAGAGGAGUGAGAUGGAGAGACUGAAGGCAGAUGAGGCACUGACUCUGAAGGAGUGUGUGAACAUAGAUCACUUGGUGUCAGGUCGUGGGCACCCCAUGCAGCCCGUUGAGGACACCCCAGUCAUGGAGGACAGUGGUGAGAGAGUGCCACCUAAUGGUCAGGAUCACAGUUCUCUCCCCUCCUCCUACAAUAUGACAGCUCCCCUCAAUGAGGCAGAACUAACAGCUCUGUUGCUGGCUUCCCCACUGUAUCAGAAAUUAGAGGAGAUGAAGAAGAAUCUGUCUACUGGAACAUCAAGUAAACAGAACUCAUCAGAAGGUGAAAGUUCCUUGGAUUCCAGUGAUGCUGGCUGGACAAGUGACACCGAACUGACUCCAGUGGAUCUGAAUAAGGUGAAGCCUCGUACAUUCAUUGUGUACAAGUUUGGCUGUUUUGUAUCUGAGCUGGUGGCCACCCAUUGCCAUCACAUGCCAGUCACAAUACUGCUAGCUGACAAGAUCCCCGCUAACGACCACCUCACUCAUAACCGCUACCGAAACUCCUUCCACUUUGACGCCACUAACCACAUGCUGUACCUGCGAACGGCGCGCCUGGACUCUGUCGGGGAAUUCCUGCUGGUUCUGGUCCACACCCUGGCACACGUCAAAGCUGGCAACCUCCAGGAUGACUCUAACCCAGAUUUUGUGCGCGAGUACCAUCGUGCCAUGGCCGUGGUGUGUGAUGACCUGUUCUUCGCACGUUACCGCCGUUCCACGGAACUCUCCCAGUCUCUGACUAGGUCAGAUGGUCACAACGUGGAGGAAGGGGCUAACGGAGUGCUGAGCUCCGUCUUCAACUCCUGUCACAGCGAGGAUGAGAAGGGUCAUGUGGUCACGGACUUGCUGGACACCCGCUUACUGCCGGCCACAGACGGUACAGGUGUCCACUUCAACCAGGACAGGAUCAAUCAUAGACUGUCCAAGUACAGCCAGUUGUUAUCUACCAGCAGACUUCAGGAUGAGCUGGGUGAUGUAGAGACCAAGCUACAGCAGGCCAAGGCUCAGGGGUCAGCCAAGUGUGUGGCCCAACAACUAACUAACCUCAGCAGUAUGUUCACCACCUCAGGUACAACUGUGUUGACGAGACAAGUGCCGGAUAGUUUCCGUGUGGCCAAUAUGACUGGGCAAGCUCUGUGGCAGACAUUUGUGAAUGAUUUAGAAGAACCAGACAACCAACAGUUGACUGAGCCCCCAGCAACUGAUAAGGACCAUACAGAAAGGAAUGACUUACUUCUAGAAGACUUUGCUACUGUCUCUCAUCGUAUUUUGGAAACCAAAGAAAGGCUUUCUGGGUGGGAAGAUGAGCUGGAAGCUGAAAUCGCCUUGGAAACAGAAAAGGGCAAAGGUCAAGCCCAAAACAGGCGCAAAACGCUGAGCCAAACAAUUCAUCAGUGUCGAGAAACAUUGAACUCAUUGGAAAUGGAGAAAACCAGAAUUCUGAGUGCAAUGGACAGUGAUAAUGUUGAGGACAGUGCUUAAUUAAAUUUUUCUCAGCUAUGUUUACUCUCUUUUUUUGCCAAAAGUGAGGCUAUGUGUAUAACAAGCCAAUGUCUGUGUCAUGUUAUUUGCCAAACUGUAUUUACAGUUCCCGUCCAACUUUUAUCAUAUGUGAUAUUUUAUAGACUAUGUUUAUAUUUUGUGACUAAAUUUUGUUAAAAUGUAUGAUGACUUACAGAUCUUGUUAGACCAAAGUGAUUUUCCAUUAAAACAUUUAUACUUUGUCAGCGUUUUAUGAACAUUUACCUGUAUAUACUUGUGUAUAUUUUUUGUAUUAUACUGUCUAGCAUUUUUGUUUGUUACAAAAACAUACAUGUUGAUAGAGUACAUAUAUUUUUACACGGAUAUAGAGCGGUUUUUGUGCAAUCUUGUACAAGUCUAAGACAGUUAUAUGUGCAGAUGCAUACUUCUACUAUCGAGUUAUCACUUUUGUAUGGUUUUUCAGUAUUGGUAAUUAAUUCUUCAAAGAAGGGUGAAGACAUUGAACCACAUCCUUUGUGUAACCAUCUGGUAAAACAUGUCUUAUGAAUGGCUAAGGGGGUUCGUGUAAGGAUGUUAUGUAGUACAUGUAUAUGAUACAGAUUAUUUCACAGUUAAGAUUUAUUAUUUAACUGCAAAACCUGUUUGUUAUUCAUGUGUAUAUGACAAGAGAGUUUACUUUUAUUUUUGCAUGAUUUUGCGUAAAUCAUGUACGCAUAAUCUAGAUGUUUGGAUGUUAUUUACAUUUGAACCGUCCACCUCAGACUGUGAUAAUAUUUUUCAUGUUGGGACAAAUACACAAUAAACUACAUGUU